AUGUCCAACCCGGUGGCCACCGUCGCGCCCCUCUUCCUCCUCGCGGACGGACUCAGGGACGACAUCAAGCCCUCCUACUUCGCCACCCUCGGGCUCUUCGUGCUCUCCGCGCCCGGCCUCUGGUCGCUCGUCAAGCGAAGCGCCAAGUCCAAGAUCGAUCGCAAGACGUUCGAGGUGGCGGGCCCGUCCGCGGAGCAGGCCAUGCCCCUGGACGAGCUCGCGCGGGAGAUCUCCAUGUACUUCCGCCGCAACAACUACGUCAUCGCGGAUGCCGGCGAGGUGAUCACGUUUGAAGGAAACAUCGCGCCCGAGAGGGGCACCGCCGCGUACAUCACCUUCUGCGUCGCCAUCGGCCUCCUGUGCAUCGGCCUCGUGUGCUCCAUCGCGCUGCCCGGCGGUAACCUGUGGUACUCGCUCGCGCUGCUGAGCCCGCUGAGCGGCGGGUAUUACAUGGACAACGCGGGGCGCAAGGAGCGUGUGAAGGUGAAGAUGGUCACCGCGGAUGACGACAUGACCACCGACGUCAUCGUGGAGGGCGACGUGGAGGAGAUCGAGCGCAUGAGGCGCGACCUUAACCUCGUGGAGAAGGGCAAGGUGUACGUCAAGGGCAUCCUCGAGCAGUAG